AUGGCGGCGGGAAUGUACUUGGAGCAUUAUUUAGACAGCAUAGAGAACUUGCCAUUCGAAUUGCAAAGAAACUUCAAUUUGAUGCGGGAUUUAGAUCAACGGACAGAGGAUUUAAAGGGGCAGAUAGACUCUUUGGCUAAAGAGUACACAUCCAAUGCCAGGACUCUAUCCUCCGAGCAGAAGCUCUCCAUAUUGAGGCAGAUUCAACAAUCAUAUAGUAAAUGCAAGGAGUUUGGAGAUGAUAAGGUGCAACUGGCCAUGCAGACCUAUGAGAUGGUCGACAAGCACAUCAGACGUCUCGACACAGACCUGGCCCGGUUUGAGGCGGACCUGAAAGAAAAGCAGAUUGAAAGCACUGAUUAUGAUUCCACCUCGAGUAAAGGAAAGAAAAGUGACUCCCGGCAGAAGGAGAAGAAAGUUGCUAAAACCAGGUCUAAAGUGAAGAGUUCAGAUGAAGAUGGCAGUCCCAAGAGUGCACAGAAGAAAGUCAAACUUCUCCAACCGGGGGAAUUCAACACCCCUACUACUAACUUUGGUAAUGUGCACCCCUCUGACGUACUGGACAUGCCUGUUGACCCAAAUGAGCCUACCUACUGCCUGUGUCAUCAGGUCUCCUAUGGGGAGAUGAUAGGCUGUGAUAACACUGAUUGUUCCAUUGAGUGGUUCCAUUUUGCGUGUGUGGGCCUGACAACCAAACCAAGAGGCAAAUGGUAUUGUCCACGCUGUUCUCAAGACCGAAAGAGAAAAUAAAAACUCCUGGGUAACCUGGAAUAAAAGAUGGACACCAAUGAAAUUGGUGGAGUGUGGGGAAAAUUGUAUUUUCUACAUUAGUGGUUAGUAAUUUGUUCUCAUCCUCCUUAACAUUUGGUGCUUUUUUUCCCCCCCUUUUUUUUGUUUACGUAUUGACUUGCUUUGGUCUGAUGCAGUGUGUGAAGGUGAGUCAUGGUUACAAAUGUAUUUAAAUAUUGAUUUUUGAAAUGUUGACAAUGAAUAGAUUUUCUUUAAUAGUUUUGGUGCUCUUAUUGUGAUUUGUUAGGUUUUUUUUGUUUUUUGUUUUUACUUUUUGAUUUACAAGUGAACAGUAAACACUACAACAUCCCCUGUUGAUUUGACGGUUUUAGUUUCCUUGUUACUGUAUAUUGAAUAUUUGUAUAAAACUGCAAAAUUUGAUUUUGUUUCUGAUAGCAUUUGGCUGUGGUUGGUUGGAUUGGCAAUUUCCUUUGCAUGGUGUUAGAACACUAACCAUAUCUCGAAAGUAUAACAAGUGGAGUAAGAUAAUAUGAAGACCAAUGCUGCAUCUUGACAGUAUUAGUUAAUCUGUAGUAGUGAGUUCAACAGUUUCAUUUUAACUGAGUGAGUGGUGUAUACUCAAGUAAGAUUUUUUUUUUAUGAGAAUCAUCGCUAUUUCUGUAGCUGACACAUUGGUACAAGGGAGAGGGGGUGAUUUGUUUUCAAUUUGAAUACAGCUACUACCUCAAAAACCUAGUCUGUGUCCUCCUUUCUAAUUUUAGCAGUCAUUUGGGCGUCGCCGUAGCCGAAUGGUUAGAGUGCAUACCACUUGGUCGCAAUGUUGCUGCUUCAAAUCUAACCG